CCGCCUCAGCCUUGACGUACGGCAUCCAAGCCGGCGGCACUCUCGCCGGAAACGCCGUCGGCGCCGCCGGAACAGCGAUCGAAUCCACCGGUCGUGGGCUGGGAAAUGGUACGCAUCAUCUGUCUCUCCAUCCGUACGAGGAUGAGCUCACUGAUCACGAUUGGGUUUUCUCAUGAAAUAGGUGUUGCAGGCGCGAUUGGCGGUGUAGGUGAUUACAUCAACGGAUAUGGGAAUGCCAUCAAGGGGUCGAUGGCGCCUUCUGGUGUUGGUGGCGGUGGAGCGAGCGGAAAGGCGGUGCCGGUGACGAGUUCGAUGAAGAAACCGGCGGUAGGACAGAAAAUUGUUUCGAAGAAGAGCUCUCAUCCUGCGACAACGACGAUGGGUGGUAGCAAGACGAGUCUCCCUCUCCAAUCCACGACGAGGACGACGGCAACGACGAAUCCCACGACGCGACCUCCGCCAUCACGGCUGACACCGAAAACGACAACGACAAGACCCAUCGCGACAGCAAGCAUCAAACCUGCACCACCAACGACGCCGAAACGUUCCCUUCCCACGCAAGCCCACCCACCAACCAAGUCCCCUCCUUCUCCUUCUGCGCCAGUCCCAACAGAGCCCAAGACAGCGAGGGUGCCACCAGCCAAGCAUUCCCUGAACACUCGCACUUUGCAGGCCUCUCAGAAGACGCAGAGCGUACCCAAGAGAAAUGGUGGAGGGAAGGUCAAGAUUUCGGCGGAGAGUCGGCCGAGGGGAGACGGUGUGAAGACUUGAGACCUCCGUUGAUGAAUUUAACAGGGAUGGUGGGCUAUUGGGAGUGGAAUCCGAGGAAGGACUUAUGUGUUUGCGAAGGGAAUGGGGGCGAGGGAAGAAUUUUACGAUGGAAGAGAGAACUAUGAUGAUGAUGAUUGUCGUUGUCAUAAUGAAUGAUGAAAAUUGGAGGAACAUUUAUCUAUGUAUCCAUUGAACGAG